AUGUACCUUAAGCAUAUUGCGUUCAAUCUGCAAGAUUAUGCAGCCACAAACUCGGUCCGCAACUCAAUCGACCAGCGAGUAAAUGGCAGAGGCUUCAAACACCCGACCAAAGCUAUGCGGCGAGAAGACGACACCCAGGGCAAUGCGACUAUUGAUAACCGAUUAUGCGUGUCAAACCCGCUGCAGAGCCAUGAUGAUGGAACAGAUAUUAGCCGAUAUCCUCCUUCGCCCAAAGUUGCGAAGCCCGAGGAGCCAACCCAAUCGUGUCCAAGUGAAAACCCCCCAGAUUCCCGUUCGUUGAUUUUCACAGUCAUUAACCCUUAUUUUGUCCCAUUGUACCCCAAGUUCCCAUGGUAUAUCACCCUCUAUGCCUGA